AUGGCCUGGCAAGAGACCCUGGCGCGCCUCCGCCUCGCCGAGUUCGCUACGAGCACGCUCAUGCUCGUCGUCUCGCUCAUCAUCUCGCUCGCGGGCCUCUACCAACGCGACCUCCUCGUUGUCGCCAUCCCGCUCGACGAUGGCAAGACUGUGUUCGUGCGCGACCCGAGCGUGAACCUCCCAAGCUCGAUCAGCAAGGUACGACGACGACGACGACCUACGAUGCAAUGGCUCAUCCGGACCAUGGUGGCAGUGCCCAUGUACUUGGCCGUCAUCCUCUCGUAUGGCAUCCCCGUGCUUGUCCACGUGCUGCUGCAGUGCAAGCAGCGCAUCGCCCAUGACACGCGCGACUUUUUUCUCUCGUUGUUCGUCUCGUCGGCCAUUUGCCAGCUCGCGACCAACAUCAUGAAGAACCUCGCGGGCCGGUUCCGCCCGAGCUUCUACUCGAUGUGCAAGUGGAACACGUCGGUGGUCUGGGACGGCGUCACCAACCUCUGCACCGACAAGCACGGCGAGACCGAGGGCCGCAAGUCGUUCCCGUCGGGCCACGCGUCAACGGCGUUCUCGACGCUCUUCUUCCUCAGCCUCUACCUCCUCGGGCGCUUCCACGUCGUCGCCCUUCACAAGUACAGCGCAACGUCGACGGCCGGUCGCCAUUUCCUAGCCAACGUCAAGUUUUUCAUCGCCUUCUUGCCCACGGUCCUCGCGAUCUGGAUUGCGGUCACGCGCUCGAUGGACAACUGGCACCACUACUCGGACAUUGCGGCCGGGGCGUUCAUUGGUAUCGUCUCGGCGGUGCUCGGAUAUGCGUACAACUAUGCGUCGCUCUUCAAGUACAAGUCGUCGGGCCUCCCCCUCGAGACGUACCACGAGCAAAAGAUUGCCAAGAGCGACUCGCACGAG